GAUAUUUGGUGCGUGUAUUUUUAAAUGAAAGAUGUCUUGCACAAUUUGUUUCGAACGUUUUAAAGGAUCUGAAAACAAUUUGUAUUCAACUACUUGUGGACAUAUUUAUCAUUUUGUUUGUAUGCAGCAAUGGAAAAGCCGAAGCACCAGUUGUCCCCAGUGCCGUGCUUACAAUCCAAAAACGCAUAAAAUUUAUCUGGAACUUAAUGACGAGGAGCCAAACACCUCUCAGCUUGAAGACCAAUUGCGAGAGUGUCGAUCAAAAAUCAACCAAUUGGAGCUGGAACUCAAAAGGUCUAAUAAUAGAUUUCCAAAUAAAGGAAACCCAAUAAAAUGUCAAAUGUUGGAAGAAACGCUAGAAAGCACCCUGGAAUACAACAAAACCCUCGAAAAGAAACUUAAAGAAGAUGGAAUUAAAAUUAACAAUCUAGAAAAGCAAAUAAGUGGCAUGAGGGCAAAUCUAAACAAAAUAACGGCAGAAAAAAAUAAUCUAGAGCUGAAGUAUAAAAAUCUUGAAGUUGAACAUAGACGCAUUAAAAAUUUGAGCGAAACGCCGUCAAACACACGUUUAACAAGUUACAUAUCGCGCAUGAUACGAAACUGUAGCCUAAAAAUAGUUGGGGCCCAAGUAAAUCCGCAUUCUAAUUUAACUAAUUUCGUUUUGUAUCUCGGUCAUAAAAUGGAUGUUCGUUAUGUACGCAGCGAUAUAAUAAGAACAUUCUAUCACAAAGAAGAGAAGACAUUAUUGGUACAAUUUAGAACAGUACAUCAGCGAGAUGAGUUUUACGAAAAUGAACACCAACUCAAUUACUAUAAUGAAACGGAAUGUAUUGAAUUUUUCGAUGUUGGCGAUGAUGCAUUUGUCAACACAACUCUCUUCGACUAUGCCCUAAAUCUAAAAAUGUUUAAUUAUAAAUCAGUAUUUCGGCAAAAUAAAAAAGUCAUGGCCCGCAAGGAUAUAUAUGAGGAUGCUAUACGUAUUUACAGCAAAGAACAUGUCGAAGAAUUAAUAGAUGAAGAGUCAUCCAACGAAUCUCAUGUGGGCCACUGUGGCCUUAUAUUUAGCUGCUAGCUAAUAAUAUUAUUCUUUUUUUCAUUUAUUUUUUUUAAAGCAAAUCAAAUAUUUUUAAUAAUUUCUACUCUUACCCCCAUGGGGGUUAAUGAAUAAUUUAAUCUGAUCAAGUUAUUAUAAAUCAAAAAUUAAUUUUAAUAUUUGAAUACGCACAUAGUACAAAAUCAUUAUUUUUCAGAACAGAAUGUGCCAAAAAUUUUCAAACAUUAACAACUUUUAUUAAUUUUUCA